GAUUCUUUAUUAAGGACAGAUGUAGAUGUCUAUGGGUCACAGCGACCAUUUACCAUCGUGUGGACUGUGUGCUCGUUUGUCAUCCUAUCCUAUAAAAAUUAAAAUGAAAAGAUGAGCGCAUUGCAUCAUUAAAUCUUCAUCAUUACAGCCUUCACAAUUCCACUGCUGAACUUAGGUCUCACCCACGGAAUGCCACAAAGCACAGGAAUCCAUCGCCUUCCUGCAUUUCUUACCAGGUCAUCAUUCCAUCUAAUGGAGGGCCGCCCUACACUUUGACUACUGGUACGAGGCUGCCACUCGUAAAACUUCCUCAUUCAUUGUCAUUUCUUCGAGCUAUAUGGCCGGAAUUUCAAAUUUCAAAGAAUUAAUUCAGCAUUUGAAACCAUGAUGUUGAAAGUAACUACAACAGAAGUGAGACGACGGGCCCGUGCUUGUGUUAGGAAUUGCAUCAAUUAUUUUGAGCAUCAACAAAUAAAUAAUUAGAAUUUUUAUUAGUCUGCCUAAAAAUUUAAAUUUUCUAUUUCAAUCUGGUUUUAGGGGACAAUUGAAAAAUUUGUAACAAAUGCGUGUAAGUUAUACCUCAAAUGAAAGAGUAAUAACCAAGCAUGUUUUCAAAAAAGUUUCUAACAAUAAAUUAAAGUACCAUCAGUUUUUUUUAACGUAGUGUCAAAAAUGUUUAUUAUUUAAAAUGUUAAUUAUGUUUCUUUAAAUCGUAGAAAAUUUUCGUGAACUUAGUGUCUGUACAAAAAUAUGUAUAGUGAUGACACAGAUGCUGAGACUAUGUUUUCUUAGAUUUCUUUUCAUUACUUAAUGAAAAAAAAAAACAGACGUUAACUAAAUUGGCAAUUAUUAGCAAUUAACUGUAAAAUUUUUAGUUUUAUCACCAAAAACAAAAAGUAUCUAAAGUCAGACUGUCUAAAAUAACUAUGGCCUAAAUGAUCUUCUCCAAUCAACAAGUCAAUCUUCCAAUCAUUCUGUAUAAUGCUUGUCCCGUGUGCGAUUCGAAGCAUCUAUUAUUAGAUUAAUGUAGGUAAUUGUAACAUGGUGAGAAGAACGUCAUCAUUAUCAUUCGAAUUUAGUUUCUCUACCAUUCUUUCCCUCCAAAAAUGAAUAUGAGAGACAUUAUUAAAAGUAAAAUACUUUAUAUCUAGCAACAUUGUAUAACUAUGUAAUUUUAUAAUUUUUCUAUUUCUUCCUGGUUGACUGAUAGAGAAUGCGUUUAAGGUGUCUUACAAUAAAAAGUUUUACUUAUAAUAAAUUAAAUGUUCAAUUCGUGUGUAUUUCAGAACCAUACAUCAUACCGACAAAUCAUUUUUCAAAAGCGUCUGAGAGCAAGAUUAAAUCAAAUUCUACUGAUUGUAACAUAAACGAUGUUCGUAAAGAAAACCUCGAUUUAGAAAGCCCUACUAUUAAAUCAAAGCCUAAAGUCAAAAAAGAUAAUCAACCAAUUAAUAAAAAAGGAAAGCGUCCUGCAAAGAUUAUGAAAAAGAAAAUAUUGAAACAAAAGAGUGUAAAUAUACUUACGAAAAAAACGUCAGGGGCAUCAACAAAAUACAAUUUUGAAUGUGAUGGUUCUAGCAAAAAAUUUUCAACAAAAGACAUUCUCGCCAAACACAUUUCAUACAGUCAUAACACGCAAAAGAACUCAGUCACCACUGCAGUUCGGACACAAGUUGAACAAACUCCAGUACCACAACUAACGGAAACAUUUAAUUGUGAUAUUUGCGAAUUUAAAACAUCUCAAAAACGUUGCAUUUUGGCACAUCUUAACGCGCACGUCGCUGAACAAGUGUACUGUUGUAAUAAUUGUGAUUAUAAAUGUGUUAGAAAAGAUCGUUUGCAAACACAUAUGAAAAUACAUACUGGGGAAAAACAUUUUUGGUGUCAUAUCUGUAAAUAUCAAUGUAUUCACAAAAGUAGUUUGCAAACACAUAUGAGAAUACAUACUGGAGAAAAACCUUUUUCGUGUCAUAUCUGUAAAUAUCAAUGUAUUCAAAAAAGUAGUUUGCAAACACAUAUGAAAAUACAUACUGGAGAAAAACCUUUUUCGUGUCAUAUCUGUAAAUAUCAAUGUAUUCGAAAAAGUAAUUUGCAAGCACAUAUGAAAAUACAUACUGGAGAAAAACCUUUUUCAUGUAAUAUCUGUGACUAUAAAUGUAUUCGUAAAUGUCAUUUGCAAAGGCAUAUGAAAACACAUACUUGAGCAGAACCUUUUUUGUGAGAGAUCUGGUAAAAUAUGUGCAAUAUUAUGUAAACGUGUUUUAUAUAAAUAUAAAAGUAUACUAGAUAAAAAUCCAUUUGUCAUGAGUUCCUUAUGUAACUGUAGAAUGAGUAGAAAAACAUUUCCGUAUCAUAUGUGCUAAUUGAAACUGCAUUUAUUCUGGAAAAGCUAAUUCAAAAACCAAAGAAGCAAUCAAGUGAAAUCGACCAGACCUUCAUGAUUUUUUUUUAAAUUUUAUUUAAAUCAUACUAGUUUGUUUUUAUUUAUUCGUUUCGACAUUUAUCUUUACCGUUACAGCCUAUAAAAGUCCGCUGCUGAAUAUAGGCCUCCCCCGCGGAUUGGCUCAUAGGGGGGAUAUUUGCCAUAGUUGCCUCCGUCCUCCGUUAUUUCCUCCGUCGCCUAGAUAUAGUAUAUAGAUAUAGAUAUAAGAAUAUCCACUAGCCCUUAUCAUCCCGUGUGUGUCUUAGAGGCGACAGAAAGAAACAAAUCAGAAGACGUGCCGCACCGUAUUCCU